AUGGCCCCAACCAGGUACGCCGUCGUGGGUACCGGUGGCCGAGCAGCUUUCUUUUACAGCGCCAUCGUUACCGACUUCAAAUCCACCGCAACUCUUGUGGCUUUCUGUGAUACCAAUCAGACUCGAAUGAAUGUGGCCAAUAGUCGAGUGCAAGAACUCGGAUCAGCAGCGCUCCCAACCUACAAAGCCAGCGACUUCGAUCGCAUGGUCGAAGAGACCAAGCCCGAUGUUGUGAUCGUCACGACAAUUGACCGAACACAUCACUGGUAUAUCAUCCGAGCGAUGGAGAUGGGCUGCAAUGUGCUGAGUGAGAAGCCUAUGACCGUGGAUGAAGUGAAAUGCCAGGCAAUUCUGGACAAAGUGAAAGCCACCCAGCAACAGCUGCGCGUCACUUUCAAUUAUCGAUACGCACCUCACAAUACCAAAUUACGGGAGCUACUCAUGGACGGCGCUAUUGGAAAAGUGACAUCAGUCCACUUCGAGUGGAUGCUCAAUACCCAACACGGCGCUGACUAUUUCCGGCGUUGGCAUCGCGAUAAGCGCAAUAGCGGAGGGCUGCUUGUGCACAAAUCCACUCACCAUUUCGACCUGAUCAACUUCUGGCUGGGAAGCUACCCUACUACCGUCUUUGCGCAAGGUGACCUGAAGUUUUAUGGGAAAGAGAAUGCCGAGCUCAGAGGCGAGACGCAGUUCUAUUCCCGCGCUCAUGGCAGCGCCGCCGCGGUGAAUGAUCCAUUUGCGCUUCACAUGGAGGAACACCCCCAGUUAAAGGCGAUGUAUCUGGAUGCUGAGCAUGAAGAUGGAUAUUAUCGAGAUCAAAGUGUUUUUGGUGACGGAAUUAAUAUCGAAGAUACAAUGGGCGUGCUGGUGAGGUAUCAAUCUGGGGCAAUUAUGACCUACAACCUAGUUGCGUACUGCCCAUGGGAAGGCUUCCGGGUUUCUUUCAACGGCACCGGAGGCCGACUUGAGAUGGAUGUUCUUGAGCAGUCUUAUGUCAAUGCGGGUGGUGAACAGAGUAAAGAAGGCGCUGUUGCUCAUACAAAAAUCACUCUUCAUCCCAUGUUCGCCCCACCGUCCGAAAUUCCGAUUGUCGAGUGGGAGGGGGGUCAUGGGGGUGGAGACCCAAUCCUGCUUAAUGAUUUGUUCGGAACGCCUACCCCGGACAGACUCAACCGCGCCGCCUCUCAUGUCGAUGGGGCAAUUUCAAUUUUGACAGGGAUUGCUGCGAACAAGGCCAUUCGGACCGGCCAGGUCGUGCAAGUGAAGGAUCUGGUCCAAUUCUGA